GUGGAUAUAAAGGAUGAUUGGCAGAGUCUGCAUAUAAGUUUGGCUCCUCGCAUCCACACGUUUAUUCGACGGGGAGGGCUGCAGUAACCAGCGAAGCGCAUUAGGUGAGGGCUUAGAAAACCGGCCGCGCAGCACCCCGACCUAGCCCCUGUCUAGAAAAGAGUGCAUUAUGAGGAUAGUUCUGUGCGUCCUUCUUUUGCUGUCAGCUCGGGGAAACGUCUCCACUGCGGGCGAAUUGUGCCGCGGCUGGGCGAAAGGGACGCAGUCGCGAGUCAAGCCCUUUCGGUGUCCUGAGCGGCCCGAGCGUGCGGACGCCAAAUUCUGUUGCGGCAAUUGCACCCUGCCCUUCUGCUGCUCCUCGGGAAAGGCCCGCCUCGACCAGCGACUGUGCUGUACUGACCGACAGCUGGAGGCAGCCAUCAGAGCUGUGAGAGUGAAAAAGGUCACAGGGUCCCAGCCCACAAUACAGAUCUCAAAUGCUUCCUGGUUUUUCAUUGCUGUAGUCCUCUCUUGGUUCCUUGGCUUUUGUGUUUGCAUGUCCCGGGACAAGUACCGGCGUUGGCUGCUAGGCCAAGAUGAGGAGCCAGUUGUAUGGGAGGGUGCUGCCUCUCCUGAGAUGACCUCUUCUUCCUGUGACUCUUCUUCUUACAGAACUGUAGAUUUGCCAGCUUAUAUCGCUGAAGACCCUCCAAGCAGUUCAAUGCCUCUUUCUAUGUCAGCCAACAACACACAUCUUCUGUGGCUCUGUUGUGCAAAUGCUGGAAAUGCAAUGAUGAUUGACUCUUCAGUGGCUGCUAUAGACACAGAUGUUCUUGAGCGUGCACCUGAGUCUACCAUGGAAAUAGAGCCCUUGGCCUAGUAGCCAAUGGGAGAUUUGAAGGACCACCCUCUAAUGAAGAGGCUAAGGACACCUGCCACUGCUGAAUCCCAUGCUGGGUAGUCUAGGCAUGCUUUUUAAGAUCAAAGGAAAUGAGCUCACCCUCUAUGAUGGCACUUCUGAUAAUGCCUAUUAUCUUGGCUACUCUUUGAUUUAAUGUAGUGCUCUAUUUUCUCCUGUGUUGUCCUUCACCUUUUUGCAAACAAGAAAGGGGGUGUGGUGAUGAGGGCAGGUGACAAUUAAGUCCAAUCAGCUUGAUUGAUCUGAGUGAGCAGCAAAGAAGGGAGUUGAUAACCAUCCCCUUAUUCCUUCAACUCAACUUUCCUUAAGACAGAGUUAAUCUAAUGAUCCACUGAGAACAUACUUUGUUUCCGAGGUGGCUUCCCUGCAUCGAUUGUAGGGUGGUGGUGGUGUUGUGUGUUGUGAAUAUCUCUAACCCUUAUUUCAUAGGAACUGCAGAGUUGAAAGAAUAGUGGGGGUGUUUACCCUGAGCCCUUUCCUCUUUGCUCACUGGAAGCAAACCAGAUGGACUUGAUCAUCUCAUGCUACUGAUCAGUAGCCCUGGGAUUACACAGCAGACUAUUUGCCUUCAGGCACAAAUGCCCAGUUGAUGCAAGCUUCUUUCAAAAGGACACUUGGAGGGGCUUCUCUGAUGCUGAGCUAGAUGUCUCUGUUGCCAAAGGAAACAUAGCAUGAAUAUGGGUGGACAAGUUGUGACCAAAACGGGGUGGGGGGAGGGUGAGAACGAAGACAUUGAUAGCAGGAUGCUGCCAAAGACACUGCAUACCUACGAAGUCCUACCUUUAUGGACAGAGCUAGUUCUGUGUUUUCUGUGUAGAGCUCAAUAGGGAGACCACUUGUACGUCAAGAGUCGUGUUUGUCCCUGAAACAGUCUCUUAAAACAUUAUUAUUCAAUGCUCAGUGAAACAUUUGUCUAGACAAUGACUUGGUAUCUUUACUCCUAAUGGAAUUGGUUAGCUUACCUAUGAAUAAUUCUUUUUGCGUGACUCCCUACUUGAGGUUGAGCCACUGCCUUUUGGCAUACGUUGGGAGAAUGUUUGAAGAAUUAUUAUGGGGUUCUACGCUACACGGUACUCAAAAGGCUUUUUUAGACUUGAGAAUUGUAUGACCAUUUUCUGUGUGUGAACUCUGGAGAGGAGGAAGCAGGAAUGUGUGCUUCCUCAGUUUUAAAUCCUUCCUCUAAAUUCUUCAGGGACAGAAGAGCUGUUUUUAGCACAGGAAUUUGUCAAAUGUAUUUUCCAAAUGUGUAUACCGAAGAAUCAAUAAAAAAAUCUUUAUAGUA